AUGGUGCCAAUAGCAAGCUAUGAUGUUAGUGGCCACGCCAAUGGCUUACUUACCCAGUGUGGGGGGACUUUUGCGCCGAAAAUAACAGUCAAGCCUUCCCAAAAAACCGCCUCCGGAAUCUACAUCCCAGAAAAGAACCAGGAGAAGCUGAACAUUGCCAACGUGAUUGCUGUUGGUCCAGGUGUUACCAACCAGAACGGUGAGCUGGUCAAGGUGAGCGUCAAUGCCGGCGACAAGGUUCUCAUCCCACCAUAUGGCGGCGCCAAUGUCAAGGUUGGCGAUGAGGAAUACCUGAUGUUCAGAGACUCUGAUCUGCUUGCCAAGAUCGAGGAGUAA